UUAUCGCGAUACAUUAUAUUGAAAACGUCAGAAUCUCGCGAGCGUUGUGGUGUGGGCCUUUCCAAGAAGGUGUGCUUCAUGGCGGUAACAGAAACUGCGGGAGGUGAAGCUCUGACGAUGGAGAAUGGACAGGGCACAGGCUCCAAGCUUGGCCUGCCGCCUCUUACCCCAGAGCAGCAGGAGGCACUUCAGAGGGCAAAGAAGUAUGCCAUGGAACAAAGCAUUAAGAGUGUGUUGGUGAAGCAGACCAUUGCCCAUCAGCAACAACAGCUCACCAACUUGCAGAUGGCAGCAGUGACAAUGGGCUUUGGAGAUCCUCUCUCACCUUUACAAUCGGUGGCAGCUCAGCGGCAACGUGCCCUAGCCAUCAUGUGUCGGGUGUAUGUGGGCUCCAUAUAUUAUGAGCUUGGUGAAGACACCAUCAGACAGGCUUUUGCCCCCUUCGGCCCAAUCAAGAGCAUAGACAUGUCUUGGGAUUCUGUUACAAUGAAACACAAGGGGUUUGCCUUUGUGGAGUAUGAUGUGCCAGAAGCUGCUCAGCUGGCUCUGGAGCAGAUGAACUCAGUCAUGCUGGGGGGGAGAAACAUUAAGGUUGGGCGGCCAAGUAACAUCGGUCAGGCGCAACCCAUCAUUGACCAGCUGGCAGAGGAGGCGCGCGCCUUUAAUCGGAUCUACGUGGCGUCCGUCCACCCUGACCUGUCAGAUGAUGACAUCAAGAGUGUGUUUGAAGCCUUCGGAAGGAUCAAGUCUUGCACGUUAGCCAGAGACCCCACCACAGGGCGACACAGAGGCUUUGGCUUCAUUGAGUAUGAAAAGCCUCAGUCAGCCCUGGAUGCUGUGUCUUCUAUGAACCUCUUUGACCUGGGGGGUCAGUACCUACGGGUGGGCAAAGCAGUGACCCCGCCCAUGCCCCUACUGACCCCCACGACCCCUGGUGGUCUGCCGCCGGCUGCAGCUGUGGCCGCAGCGGCAGCCACCGCUAAGAUAACGGCCCAGGAGGCUGUAGCCGGCGCAUCAGUCCUGGGAGCGUUAGCCGCGCCCCAACUUCUCAGUCAGCAAAUGGGAAUACCUCAGGCUGUUAUGGCUGCCCAGGCCCCAGGUGUCAUCACAGGUGUGACUCCAGUGCGUCCUCCCAUACCAGUGCUUCCCCAGGUUGGUCUUGUGAACCCUGUGCUUGCAUCGCCUCCAGUCCUGUCUAAUCAAGUUGGUGGCACCAACCACCAAGAGCGGAAAGAAGAGAAAGAGGAGAUGCUGCAAGAUGGCACAGGGCAAGAGAUGUUGAGUGACCAAGAACACAUGAGCAUUUCAGGCAGCAGUGCCAGACAUAUGGUGAUGCAGAAACUGCUUAGAAAAUCAGAGUCCACGGUGAUGGUGCUUCGAAAUAUGGUUGGACCAGAGGACAUUGACGACGACCUGGAGGGUGAGGUGACGGAAGAGUGCGGCAAGUUUGGCUGUGUCAACAGAGUCAUCAUAUACCAGGAAAAGCAAGGAGAAGAAGAGGAUGCAGAUAUCAUUGUCAAAAUAUUUGUAGAGUUUUCCAUGGCCUCAGAGAUGAACAAAGCAAUCCAAGCCCUUAAUGACCGCUGGUUCGGAGGUCGCAAAGUUGUCGCGGAGGUGUAUGACCAAGACCGUUUCAACAGCAGUGACCUCUCUGCAUAGUGUCUAAAAUGGUUCACCAGCACCCAUCCCUAUAACUGUCACCCAAACUCAUUUCAGCCACAGUGAAAGCAGCUAGAAAUGCGGUCCUCCUGAAACUUGUAAUUAUGUUUUUAUUUCUUUUUUAAAAUGUUGUUGAUAUUAAUGUUAAGCACCCCAUUAGGGGAUUCAUUAAAAGUAUUUCCAUGUCGAUUUUUGCUUCAUCUGUGAAGACAACUUUUUUUUGGUGCAAGUUUCAAAUUUUGUAAUCCAAUCUUGUAACACAAUUACGUUUUCCUGCUUAGCUCCUUUUUCUUUUUUCUUUCAUGAAAUUGCUGGGACAUGUAAACACUUUCUUUCCAUGAUUAAAGGUUAUUGUUUGUC